AUGUGUAAACCUCUUGUAAAUGGUCUUUUAAGCUAUAUGGUUGGAACAUUUUUAGAACGUAUUCAUCAUUUUUCAUCCCCUAAAAAAAGCCCCGUAUCAAAAUCUAGAAGAGGGUUUUUAAACAAGUUAGAUAAUGAUAUUACUCCCUCAAGUCGUGUUGGUCACGUAUUAAGAACUUAUAAAGAUCUUAAAUUUCAUUUGAUUCCUCAAGUAGCAACAUUAACAUUGCUCAAAGAUACAUUAAAAGAUGAGAAAAGUUGGAUUACAAUUGAACUUGAUGGUUAUUAUAAAGUCUGUAAAAUUGAUGAAAGAGACGAAAAAGUUCCUACAUUUAAAUCAAUUGCAGCAAUUGGUUUUAAAACUCAAAAUCGUGAAGUUAAUCCAAGCAAAUCCCAACAACAAACCCAACAACAAACCCAACAACAACAACAAGCCCAACAACAACAACACCCACAACACACCUCAACAACCCAUUCUAAUUUUGAUGAGGAAUUAGAACAACAACAACAACAACAACAACAAGCCCAACAACAACAACAACAAUUUCAAUUUCAAUAUCAACACCAAUAUCAACAUCAGCAUCAGCAUCAAAAUAAUCAACAACAUAAAAAAGAGGGAAUGCUAUAG